AUGGCAUUAGUAGCUAAAUGCACUGGAGGCAAACGAAUUAAUUUUUCUGGAAGUAUUUCCUAUACAACUAGAGCGUACGAUGCUGCAAUUUCCCAUGCGAGUGGUCGUGGUCCAGCUUGGCAUCUUGAAGCCUGGAGAGGCACAGUAGGAAAAACGACAAAUAAAAUCUUGGGACGUAAACAGCAGAAACACAUGAAUAGGAAAAAUAAAGCAACACCUAGGAAAAAAAAUACUAAAACAAGUGGACAAUAUGGCCCCGACGCAGCUCAACCUGACAUAUCAGAUGCUGAAAUGAUUUCGCAGAAAAAUUUGUUUCUGCAAAAAUUAGGUGAUAGAGUUUCUACGAAAUUACUGGUUGACGAAAUUGAAAAAAAAAACAAGAGAAAAAAAGAACUUCAUACAGAGGCAAUACUUUAUGGGAGAAUUAAUGAAAAAACAGCCAUUGUUAAAUAUGAGCAGAUAAAUAAUGUAACAGUUGACAGGUGUGGAUUAUUUAUAGAUCCAAACCAUCCGUUUUUAGGCGCCUCUCCAGAUGGGCUAAUUGGUGAAAAAGGAAUAAUCGAAGUGAAAUGUCUGCCAUCAAUAAAGGGUAAACUGGUCGAGUCGGAGGUUCCUCACUGUUAUUCAAUCAUUAAUAAUGAGAUAACGUUGAAACAAAAUCACAACUAUUUUUAUCAAGUACAGGGGCAGCUAAACAUAACCAAUCGAGAUUUUUGUGAUUUUGUUAUAUGCACUGAUGACGACUUUCACAUAGAAAGAAUAAAUAUCGACAGGGAGUUAUGGAGUACCACUAUGUUGCCAAAACUAACAACAUUUUAUGUAAAUUCCAUAUUACCGGAAAUUGUUGAUGGACGAGUACCAAGGGGAUUGAAAGUUAGAGAUCCCACAAAAGAUCCCUAA